UUAAACAAAACCCUCCCAACCAAUACCCAUUUCGCGUUUACUUGUCCAAUUUCUUGACUUUUUUUGAAAGAAAGUUCUUCCCUUUUUGCUGGCGUACAAUUCAAGUCCAAGUUGCUCUGUGUUGUGUUCAUACCUUCAGCGCCAUUGCUGUCUUCCGAUUUCUUCCUCAUCUUUCGAUCAGUUUUGGGCUUUUACCAAGCUUUCCCGAUUUUUUUCUUUCUGGGUAUUGGGGGGGUUUGUUUGUUUUGAUUGGAUUGGAUUGUUCAUUGGUUCAUUUCAUUAUAAAUUAUACACAAAAAGAGGAGGCCGAGAAAGGUAAAGGGGUUGGGGGGAGUGCGGAAAGCGGCCAUCUUCCUUUCUUUCCCUGCAAAAGAGACUUCAAAAUUUGAAGCUUUUCCCCCUUUUGCUCUCUGGGUUUGCGCGAGAACUUGAUUGGGAUCUAACAAUCUCACCGAAUUGACGUCGUCUUCCUGCCACCAGUUACUUCCUUUCAGAAUUUCUGACGCGUUCGAGGUAAAAGCUUCAUUGAUCAUGAGCAGGUAGCAACUCGCAUUAUGGGUUGGCUUAGCAAGAUCUUUAAAGGCUCCGAUCAUAACAUUUCCGAAGGGCACUAUCAUGAGAAUUAUGAAGAGAAGCCUAAUGUCUAUGCACCAUCUGCUUCAGGGGAUGUCUGGCCGGAGCAGGAAGACGAAGAAAUGGAUCGUGCUAUUGCACUAUCUCUUUUAGAGGAGAGUCAACCCGGAAAACAUGUGAUUGAUGAGAGUCAGUUACAAGAAGAUGAACAACUUGCUAGAGCUUUACAAGAAAGCUUGAAUAUUGAAUCGCCUCCUGCCCCUCCUCCUCCCCCUCAAUAUCGAAAUCCAAAUGCAUAUCAUCCAGGAAAUAUAUAUCAACCAGCUCCAGUCCAUUUCCCAAUGGGUUUCAGGAUAUGUGCUGGUUGUAAUAAUGAGAUCGGUGCUGGGAGAUUUCUUCAUUGCCUCAAUGCAUACUGGCAUCCAGAAUGCUUCCGCUGCCAUGCGUGCAACCUACCUAUAGCUGAUUAUGAGGUGCAAAAUUUUGUCCCAUUGAAUUCUCCAUGUCAGGAAAUUAUCCCUAUCACAAAACUUGCUACAAGGACCGGUACCAUCCCAAAUGUGAUGUCUGCAAGCACUUUAUUCCAACCAACUUGGCCGGACUUAUUGAAUAUAGGGCUCAUCCUUUUUGGAACCAGAAAUAUUGCCCCACUCAUGAACAUGACAAUACUCCAAGAUGCUGCAGCUGUGAGAGAAUGGAGCCUCAAGAUACAGGAUAUGUACCUCUUAAUGAUGGUCGGAAGCUCUGUUUGGAGUGUCUGGAUUCUGCAGUCAUGGAUACCAGUCUAUGCCAGCCCCUUUACAUGGACAUACAGCAAUUUUAUGAAAGCUUAAAUAUGAAGGUGGAGCAGUAUGUUCCUUUACUUCUUGUAGAGAGACAAGCGCUAAAUGAAGCAAGGGAGGGAGAAAAGAAUGGCCAUUAUCACAUGCCUGAAACUAGAGGACUAUGCCUUUCUGAGGAACAAACUAUCAGCCAAGUAUUACGGACACCGAGGUUUGGGGGAGGACAGCGGCCCAUGGACAUGAUAACGGAGCCUUACAAACUGAUACGCCGGUGUGAUGUCACUGCCAUUCUCAUACUAUACGGUCUCCCUAGGUUGCUUACUGGAUCAAUCCUAGCUCAUGAGAUGAUGCAUGCAUGGAUGCGACUUAAAGGUUACCAACCUCUAAGUCAAGACGUCGAAGAGGGGAUUUGCCAGGUCAUGGCACACAUGUGGUUAGAUACACAGCUAAACUUUGAAUCAUCAUCGUCAUCAACUGGGUCGAGAGCUGAUUCAAGGGCUCCGUUUGAUAAGAAACUCGGGUCGUUCUUCAAGCACCAGAUCGAGUCAGACAGUUCUCCAGUUUAUGGAGAUGGAUUCAGAGCUGGUCAGCUGGCCGUUCGUAAAUACGGGCUUCAAAGAACUCUUGAACAUAUUCAAAUGACUGGGAGGUUCCCUUUCUGAUGAACUCUCUUCUAACAUUUCCCCUGUCAUUUCCCCCCUUCCUUUACACAGCCAUUUUGUACUAUUUUGGAUUCGAACUAGAGCAUCAUAGCACAUAGAAAGAAAUUUGAUUUCUGUAGAAUAGAAAGUUUUAGGUUCAUAGAAGUGCAGUCUUUUUUCACCAUGCCCUUCUGUUGUUGUAUUGUCCCCCCAUUUGGAAGUGCUGUGCUUUUUCUGCAUAUUAGCAAAAUUUUAAUAAUGAAAUUCUAUUUAUUCUUUCCUUCUGGAAUCUUGUUAUUGCUUGCACAAUGAAUCAUUACAAACUGAUGAAGUUUAGUAACAAAGAGG